AUGCACCCGGUUAGCCAUGUGAUUUUCGAUUUUGACGGGCUUCUAGUUGAUACCGAAAAUGCGUAUACGAUGGCGAAUCGCGAGCUUCUUGCCCCGUUCGGCGUUGAAUUCACAAUGGAGCUGAAGAGAAAGCAAAUGGGCAUGAAGCAUGAUGAAGCGAUUGGGUGGCUCCUCGAUGAGGUCGGCAUUGCCGACAAGAUUACGGUCGAUGAGUUCGGUCGAAGGUACGACGAGAUAUUGUUCGAGCAUUUUCGGAGGAGCGAGGCGAUGCCUGGCGCGAAACGACUCGUCACCAAUUUGGUGGCGAAUGGUGUGCCGGUGGCGUUGUGCACGGGAUCGUGUAGUCGCACGUUUCCGGUGAAAGCAGAAAAUCAUCGAAGCUGGAUCGAUUUGAUCGCGAUUCAGGUUUUGUCUGGCGACGAUCCGAAGGUGAAGCGCGGAAAACCGCAUCCGGAUCCGUUUUUGGAGACGGCCUCAAGAUUUUCCGAAGCGCCGAAAUCGCCGCUCAACGUUCUCGUAUUUGAAGAUUCGUACAAUGGUGUGUUAUCGGCGUUGAAUGCUGGAAUGCAGUGCGUCAUGGUGCCGGAUCGAUCCAUCUUCGAUCCGGACAGUGAUCCAGAGUUUGCGAAGCGCGUAACUCAAAUUCUGCCGAGUUUAGAGGAUUUCCAACCGGAAUUGUUUGGAUUGCCUCCAAUUUUGUGA